AUGGUGCAAACUAUUGUCCCCCUUGUCUCCCGUCCAUCUCGGCCCCCGGGCCCCCAACUGUUGUACCAACAGGGGGUCCCUAGUCAAGCUCCCACCCCCCCUCGAGAGCCCCCCGCUUCGCCUCGGGUGCCGCUAUCUCAGCCCCGAGAGCAGGCGGCGAUCUGCCCGGAAGGCCAUUCGGAACCAGAGGCACUAUCCUCGAACUCUGCAGUAUCCCUCCGCGCUCAGUUGCGCCUCGUCAACCAGCGGCUUGACAAUGUGCAAAGGGAAAUCCGUGCCGGGCCACCAGGGGAGCCCACGGAAGGCCCGCAUCAGGGGUCGCCGUUCGUGCCGAAGAUACUGGAACACGCCAUUCCCCCAGGCUUCCGACUCCCCCCCCUGGACGCUUAUGACGGCUCCGCCGACCCGGCCGACCACACGGCGGCCUUCCGCGCGCAGAUGUCGUUGUACGGGACCUCCGACGCCUUGAUGAGCAGGGCAUUCCCCACCACGUUGAGAGGGCCGGCCCUCGCGUGGUACGGAGGCUUGAAGACUGCGACGAUCGCCUCAUUCGACCAGCUCGCCAAGGACUUCGAGCUCCACUUCAUAGCUAGCGCUCGCCCGAAGCCCUCCAUGGCGUUCCUCCUCGGGCUUACCCAGAAGGAGGAUGAGCCCCUCUCCCUUUACGUAAAUCGCUUUGCUACAAGGAUCCGGGAACUCCCGGACGCUCACCCUUCACUGUUAAUGCAGGCGUUCGUAACAGGCCUGCGUCCCUCCCGACUCUUCUGGUCUCUCGUGGAGCGACCUCCUACCUCGGUCCCCGAGAUGCUCCAGCGCGCGAACCAGUUCGUGGAAGUCGAAGCCUGGACGGGGGGGAAACGGCAGGAACACAAGAGGGAAAGACCAGAACCGGCUCAGGGACAGCUCCCUCCCAGACGCAAGCUCCACCAACCCGAUCCUCCCCUGCUGAGACCCCUCCUGCUCCCAACGGGUGCAUCCCGGACGGAAAUUUUUCUCCAGAUCAGGGAAAGGGGAAUGCUCAAAACCCCUUACCCGAUGAACAACCUGCGAGAGCUGGCCGAUCGGUCCAAGUACUGCCGCUUCCACCGCCAAAACGGACAUGACACUGAAGAAUGCCGCGAGCUCUCGCGGCAAAUCUACAAACUCCGCCGGGAGGGGCGCCUCGACCCCCACGUUCAGAAAGGCAACAUCCCCCCGCCUUGCCCAGACGGUCCGACCGAGCGCCUAAUCAACGUCAUCACUGGCGGCCCAGCAUCCGGAGGGGAUAGCAUGUCUGGAAGGAAGGCCUACGCCCGCUCGGCCAGGGACGAGGGUCCCCAUGGAACCCCUGACCCCCGGGUCGCAUUUCCCCCCGAAGACGCCGAACGACUGGAGCACGAUGACGCGCUAGUAAUAACCGCCAGAAUCGCCAAUGCCCAGGUAAGAAGAAUUAUGAUUGACACAGGAAGCUCGGCGGAUAUACUAUUCCACGACACCUUCCAGAAGCUGGGACUUACGAAGCAAGCCCUGAAACCAGUCCGCUCGGACCUCACCGGGUUCACCGGCAACUCGGUUUCGCCAUUGGGAUCUGUCACACUACCUCUGACGCUGGGGACACCGCCCAAGACUAAAACGGUGAUGUCGACCUUUCUGAUAGUAGAUCUUCCUACAGCGUACAAUGCCAUCCUCGGCCGACCUUCCCUCAACAAAAGCAGGGCCCUGGUCUCCACUUACCAUCAGACAGUGAAAUUCCCGACUCACGCGGGAACUGGAGAGGUCUGGGGAAGCCCUCGGGAAUCCAGGCGAUGCUACCUGACGGCGGUCUCCCUACACAAUAGGCCAAAAACCGAAGCACCCCUGGACGAUCCCAGAGAAUUGAAACGGCCAAAUCCACAUCCCGAGCCGUCGGCCCCAACCUACGACGUGUCACUGAAAAAGGGACGCCCGGACCGAACCAUUAAGGUCGGGACUGACCUACCCCUGGACGAGCGGGAACAACUCGUCGGCCUCUUGCAAGAGAACGCCGACGUCUUUGCUUGGUCACCAUCCGACGCAGCAGGCGUGGACCCAAAGGCAGCCCAACAUCACCUCAACAUAUCGCCUGAUGCCCGCCCGGUGAAACAAAGGCCGCGACCCCAGGCCCCGGACAGGCAACAAGCCAUCCGCGAAGAGGUAGAACGGCUCCUAGCGGCCGGCUUUAUAGAAGAGGUCAAGUACCCACAGUGGCUAUCCAAUGUAGUUCUGGUAAAAAAGCAUAAUGGGAGCUGGCGAAUGUGUGUUGACUACACCAGUCUUAAUCAGGCAUGCCCAAAAGACUGCUACCCCCUUCCAAGGAUUGAUCAGCUCAUGGAUGCAACCGCAGGGCACGCCCGACUCUCAUUCAUGGACGCCUUCUCCGGAUAUAAUCAGAUCCGAAUGGCGCCUGAGGAUCAGAGACACACAGCCUUCAUCACCAACCUCAGGGCAUACUUUUACAAAGUGAUGCCGUUCGGGCUAAAGAACGCGGGCGCAACUUAUCAGAGGACCAUCAACAAGAUAUUCGCCCAACAAAUAGGGCGAAACCUAGAGGUCUAUGUGGACGACAUGAUUGUAAAAAGCCGGGUCUCGCGAGAUCACCUAACGGACCUAUCAGAAACAUUCGCCACACUCCGAAACUGCGGCCUUCGGCUCAACCCCGCAAAGUGCGCCUUCGGCGUUAGUACAGGAAAGUUCCUCGGAUUCAUUGUACAUGAAAGAGGGAUCGACGUCAACCCGGAAAAGGUCCAGGCGAUCCUCGACAUGCAGGCCCCUUGGACGAUCAAAGACCUACAGCGACUAAACGGACGGCUGGCCGCCCUAUCCCGAUUCUUGUCCCGGUCGGGUGAUCGCUGCCUCGCCUUCUUCCGUGCAAUAAGAGACCCGAAGAAUUUCCAAUGGACGCCCCAGUGUGGGGAAGCUUUCCGACAGGUCCAGCAACAUUUAGCCAACCUUCUGCGCCUCACUUCAGUCACUGCUGGAGAAGAGCUCGACGUUUACCUAGCUGCCUCACAGCACGUAGUCAGCUCGGUCCUCAUCAAGACAGCCGGCCAACAGCUCCCUGUCUACUACACCAGUCAUGUCCUGAGCGGGCCCGAGGAGCGAUAUCCUCCAAUCGAGAAGCUCGCCCUCGCGCUCGUGCUGGCGGCCCGAAAGUUACGCCCCUACUUCCAAGCUCAUCCGAUCAAGUGGUCGGUCGAGCUCGGAGAGUUCGACAUCCACUACACGCCCAGGACCGCCAUCAAAGCACAAGCACUGGCCGACUUCAUCUCAGAGCUCGCCCAUCCCGAAGGGCGGCCCUCCAGUGAACUAGGCGGAACGUGGGUCCUACAGGUGGACGGCUCGUCCGCUUCAACCGGGGCAGGCGCAGGACUGGUGCUGUCGGCCCCCGAUGGGCAGACGUUCGAGCGUUCCCUCCGCUUCGGGUUCCAUGCCACCAACAAUGAAGCCGAGUACGAGGCACUCCUGGCGGGGCUCAAACUAUCCCGCGAGAUGCAGGUCGACGCCAUCAAAGUCCUCACCGAUUCGCAACUGGUGACCGAGCAACUUAACGGCGGAUAUGUGGCCAGAGAACCCACCAUGGCAAAGUACGUAGCGGAGGUAAAAAACUUAGCCUCCUGUUUCGCACACUUCACGAUAUCCAGGGUGCCAAGACAUCAGAACGACCGUGCCGAUGAGCUGGCCAAGCUAGCCUCGAAGCGACCUCCGGGCACCACCCACGGUAUCGAGGAGCUUCCCUCCCCCUCUAUCCCGAUCGCGUGUGUUUCGGUGGCCGACUCCCGAGCCACCUGGGUAGGGGACAUGCUGCGCUACAAACACGACGGGACCCUCCCCACCAACGAAGCCGCAGCUCGACGUAUUCGCCGAAAUCAUGCAUGGUACUCCGAAGCGAACGGGCGGCUGUACAAGCGGUCUUUCUCCCACCCUCUUCUGCGGUGCCUCGAGCCAGAAGAGGCGGCGACUGUCUUGGCCGAGGUCCACGAAGGGAUUUGUGGAGAGCACAUCGCCGGCCGAACCCUGGCCUGCAAAAUUCUCCGCUAA